GUGUGCCAUUCCUCUUCCGCACUCCUCGAUCCGGUGCCAAGUGGUAACGACCAAGUCUUUUCGGGUCACUUGCGCUUACGAGCGGGCCGACGAAAUAGGCCUAUGUUUUCUAUGAGUCGCCAUGACGACCGAAUCUUCACCUACGGACUUGUCUUUGGACCCCGAGUGGUGCGGCUGCUCGACGAGUUCACCGGCAUCUUCGAGUCUCCUACCGGUGUGAUGCCGGAUCGACCGAUCUCCCACGAGAUCAUUCUUGAGGCCGGUGCAGUGCCGCCGAAAGGAUGCAUCUAUCGUAUGAGCGAGGAAGAGCUCGCGGUCCUCCGCGCACAACUCAACGAUCUGUUGGACAAGGGCUGGAUCCGCCCUAGUAGCUCACCAUAUGGUGCGCCAGUUCUCUUCGUACGAAAGAAGAACAAGGAUCUUCGCUUGUGCAUCGACUACCACAAGCUCAACGCACAAACCGUCAAGAAUGCGGGACCUCUUCCGCGGAUUGACGACCUUCUCGAGCGUUUGGGUGACGCAAAAUUCUUCUCAAAGUUUGACUUGAAGUGGGGCUACCAUCAAAUCUCAAUACGCCCGCAAGAUUACUACACAUCCGCGUUCAAGACGCGGUACGGGCAUUUUGAGUGGAUAGUUUUGCCUUUCGGCCUCACCAAUGCCCCGAUGAUCUUUGAAGCGGCAAUGACCAACGAGUUUCGUGCAAUGCUGGACCGGUUCGUACUAAUCUAUUUAGACGACAUUCUCGUCUAUAGCCGGAUAUUGAAGGAUCAUCUUGAGCACCUUCGACGAGUGUCGGAGACGCUCCGCCAUGCCAAGUACAAAGCCAACCAUGACAAGUGCGAAUUUGUCCGGCAAGAGCUGGAAUACUUGGGUCAUUUUGCCACACCGGAGGGCAUCAGUCCGUUGUUCGACAAGAUUCAAGUCAUCCAAGAGUGGCCAGAGUUGAAGACCGUUACACAUGUUUGUCCCUUCCUUGGCUUAGCCGACUACUAUCAACGCUUCAUCAAGGGAUACUUGAAGAUCGCGGCUCCUUUAUCCACGCUUCAAUGCGAGGACCGACCAUUCGACUUCGACGACCAUGAGCGAACUUCAUUUUUGGCUCUCAAAGCCGCAUUGCUAUCCGUGGAGGUGUUGCGCAUCUACGAUCCGUUUUUGUUGACACGUGUCACUACCGAUGCGUCCGGCUAUGGCAUUGGUGCCGUCCUCGAGCAACAUGACGGUGUGGACUGGCACCCGAUCGAGUACUUUAGCAAGAAAGUGUCCGUCCGGAACAUGAUGAUUUUUCGGGGCGACGAUCGCAAGAUUCACCCUCUAUGGACGGUUUUCAAGAGGUCGGCGACAUCAUCUCCCAGUGAUGCUACGACAAUAGGACAACCGAGUACUCGGUACAUUUUGUGUACUGCAGUCGCAAAGCUGACCGUUGGUUAACCCGUGCGGAACUCCAAGCCACAGCUCCGGAUGUUCUCGCACGCUACGAAUGAAAGAUGCAAGGCAAG